UCUGUCUCUGAACUGUUCUUAGCUGUCUUGGGGCUUCUUAGCUUUCCUGCGAUUUGCUCGCAACCUGUUCGAUCCUUUGCCCAGCUCAACUUCUUCCUUUUUACAUUUCGACAAGCUUCAUAGUUGUCAAAGUUUGGAUUUUUCUUCAUGGGUAUCCGUGCCUGUACUGAAAUCUCGAUUCAAAAUAAUGAUAUCGCUUUUCAGUUACCGCAAAAGAUUCAGUGUUGACUAACCAACCCCUCAGUGUCCUCGUUAAGAACCCAGCUUUUCUACUUCGGUUUGAAAUUCUGGGCUCCAACCCAAUCGUUUAAGAUAAUCCACACAAAUUGUGCUAUGAAAUCCCCUCUUCAUGGAUCAUGUGAAUCAAUGAAUGCAUUUGGAAACCCGGUUCAGUUUACGGGUUUCUUCACGAACAAGUAAGUGGAAAACAGAGUUCCAGGACACAGAGGUCUUCCCAUGGAGUAGUUCUUGUUUAGAGAUGCGCUCCUUUUUCCGGUGGCAGCAGCUGCUGUUGCUGACCCUUGGUCAAGUUUCAUCAUCCAGUAAUGUUAAUUUCCAUGGCCUUGCUCAGAUUUCAUUUGUUCCUGAGAAUGGAAUGACCAGAGACAUCAGCUGUAAACUAGGAGAACUGAACACUGUGUCUCUCCAAAGGAGAGGAGAGAGUCCGGUUAUUGAGGGCAACGAUGUCCCGACUCUUACUCCUAUUCAAGAAACCGAUGCCGAGAAACCAAGAAAGCAGAGAUUUGCUGCAGUGAUUGGUGGAAUCGGAGCAGCUUUCCUUGUAUUUCUCAUCGUCGGGUUUAUAUACAUCUACUUGAUGUGUGUCGGAAGGAGGAGAUUCUUGAGGCAAACGACAUCCGAGACAGUUUCUUCUCCUCUUCCAUCUCCUCGUGAGAUGCAGGAGAAGAUCAAGAUUUCGUCAUGUGGUAGUACACAGAACCUGAGGAAGAUAACACUUCCGGAAUUGGAUCAAGCCACAAACUAUUUCAACCAGAAUAACAUGAUGGGUGAAGGGCUUUUCGGUUCAGUAUACAAAGGGUUACUUCAAGACGGAUCAAUCGUGGCUGUGAAAAGACGGAUACACAACCAGAAUCAGUCAUUCGUUCGCGAGUUGAAUCGCUUGGCUCAAGUUCAGCACAAGAAUCUUGUUAAGAUCUGUGGGUAUUACGAGGAUACCCAUCAGCAGAUUCUGAUCUCAGAUUACAUCCACAAUGGAGACGUUGGACGAUACCUAUAUGACAGUGAUGGCAUUCCCAAUGGAAGGUUAAACAUUCAGCAGAGAUUGCUCAUUGCCUUAGAUGCCGCCAAGGGGCUUGAACACUUGCAUGGUUUGGAUCCUCCACUGGUUCAUAUGCAUUUCAGAACGAGAAACGUUCUUCUUGACGAGAAUUUCACAGCAAAAGUUUCCGAUUAUGGAAUAUCUAGAUUGGUAUGCGAGGAUUCGCACCAAGCUGGACCUUCUUCGACAUCAACCGAUAGUUUCAUCGAUCCUCUGUUCGCAAUCUCUCCUUUGAGCCCGUUAAAGUCUCAAACUUUACAAAACCCAGAACUGAAAUCCAUCUUCCCCCAUUGCUUUUCUGUUUCUUGAAGGUCAAACGAUCAUCUUUCUCAGAGGAGUACGUAUACGGUUUCGGAGUAUUCUUACUUGAAUUAGUCAUGGGAAAGGAAGCAAACGAUAGAAACGGGUCAAACCCAGAUCAAAGAUUCGUGUUCCUGGUAAAACAACAUGAGCAGAAACAUCGUUGUAAUAUCCUCUGAAAUCAAAGCUCUUAGAAUUUACCAGAAGCUUCCAUUGUUUUCUUCUUGAAAGGCGAAGACUUGUGAGAGAUACAGAGAUAUAACUGAUCAAACUCUGGGAGAUGACGCGGCAGAAAUGGCGGAAGAGAUGAUGGAAUUGGCGUUGCAGUGUACGGAUGAUGACCAGAUAAGAAGACCGUUGAUGAGAAACGUUGCAAUGAAGCUCCAAGAGAUUCAGAAGCUGAGAUUCGGGAAACUGUACGAUGAAGAAGAGAUCGGUCCUGUCACACUUGGGAGUGAGCUCUUCACUUGAGAUUUCGUCUCAUUUCCCCUCUGUCCAUUAUGCUUCUAUAAAAGAAAUUUCUGUAAGUGGUAAUUUCAAAUUCAAAGAGUAUAUGAAUUAGCAGUGA